AUGGACUCCCGCCACCAGCGGCUGGCGACGCUGACCAAGGCCCUGACCGCGCACGUCAACGCCGGCCGCCACCGCGAAGCGCUCGCCUUCUUCGCCCGCAUGGCCUCCGACCCGGCGCUCCCGCCGCUCGCCGACCCGUCCUUCGCGUACGCCCUCCCGCUCGCGCUCAAGUCCGCCGCCGCGCUCCGCCUCCCCUCCUCCUCCGCCGCCGCGCCCAUCCACGCCCUCGCGCGCAAGUGCAGCGGCCUCCUCAGCAACCCCUUCGUCGCCUCCGCACUCGUCGCCUCCUACGGCACCGGCUCCUCCGCCGAGGCCGCGCGCCGCCUGUUCGAUGAAUUGCCCGGCCGCACCGCCGUCGUCUGGAGCGCCAUGAUCUCCGUCUACGUCCGGUCGGGGGACGUCUCGGCGGCCGCGCGGGCUCUCGGCGAUAUGGAUGUUGUGCCGACCGCCUCCUGCUUCAACUCGGUGAUCGCGGCGGUGGUGGAGUCUGGGGAGCACCCUGCCCGGGCCGUCGAGCUCUACCGGCAGAUGCAGGGGAUGGGCAUCAAGCCCUCGCUCAUCACCCUGCUGGCGCUUGUCCGCGUGUGCACGGGGCUGGGCGCGCUGAGCUCGGUCAGGGAGGUGCACGGCUUCGCGGUGCGGCACGGCAUGUUUGUGAGCUGCCAUCUCGGCAGCUCCCUCGUCGAGGCGUACGGGCGGUGUGGCUCUUUGGUCGGCGCGCAGAGGGUUUUUGAACUGGCGGAGGAGCGCGACGUGGUUGUCUGGAGCUCCAUGGUGUCGGCGUACGCGUUCCAUGGCCAUGGAGACGUUGCGGUGUCGCUUUUCAGGCGUAUGGAGCUGGAGAAGGUCCGGCCUGAUGGCAUCAUGUUCCUCGGCGUGUUGAAGGCCUGCGGCCAUGCUGGUCGCGCAGAUGACGCCUUGAAGUAUUUCGAUGUGUUAACCAAGACAUAUGGAGUGGAAGCAUGCGGAGAUCAUUAUUCGUGCUUGGUUGAUGUCUUGGGACGGGCAGGGAGGUUGCAUCAGGCCUAUGAUGUUAUACGGACGAUGCCGGUUAGAGUUACCGCAAAGGCCUGGGGUGCUCUCCUUGCUGCUUGCAGGAAGUAUGGGGAGGUGGGGCUGGCAGAAGUUGCAGCGAGAGCGUUGUUUGAGAUUGAACCAGAGAAUGCAGGGAACUUUAUUUCGCUUGCAAAUAUCUAUUCGGGCUUGGGUAUGCAUGAGGAGGCAGAGCGGGUGAGAAGGGACAUGGAGCAACAAGGCUUGCAGAGCUCACCUGGAAGCAGUUGGACGAUACACCGCAAGUCAAGUGAACUUGUCUGA